AUGAUAAAAGACGAAACAGAAAAUAUUGAUUUGAAUGGUAAUUUUAUCAUGACUCCUUUGAUUUCCUUGCUAGCUGAAAAUGCCUUAGGAUUAACUAUCACUGAAGGAAGUGAGAUGGAUCAAGGUUCUGUUAUUGACAAGCUUAUCAAAGAUCCAUUAACAACUUUAAGUGAAAAAGAUGACAAUAUAGAGAUUUCUAUGGCUCGAAAUCUAACAGAUAACUCAACAGCAACAACAAAGAAAUCUUGUCCAGACUUUUCUGUUUGGUUGGAGAGAAAGAUUUUGAUUUUUAAGGGAGAAGAGAAAAGAUAUGUUGAAGAUUUUGAUGAAACUGUUAAUGAACUUGAAUCAAAAAUGAAAAUCUGGAAUGUGCUGUUUUAUGGUAAACACUCUGCAAUUGAGUUGGCAUCAGAAAGAACUAAUUAUGUUCAAAUACAUUGUAAUGUCAUUAAUAUCAACAAAAUGAUAAAAGACGAAACAGAAAAUAUUGAUUUGAAUGGUAAUUUUAUCAUGACUCCUUUGAUUUCCUUGCUAGCUGAAAAUGCCUUAGGAUUAACUAUCACUGAAGGAAGUGAGAUGGAUCAAGGUUCUGUUAUUGACAAGCUUAUCAAAGAUCCAUUAACAACUUUAAGUGAAAAAGAUGACAAUAUAGAGAUUUCUAUGGCUCGAAAUCUAACAGAUAACUCAACAGCAACAACAAAGAAAUCUUGUCCAGACUUUUCUGUUUGGUUGGAGAGAAAGAUUUUGAUUUUUAAGGGAGAAGAGAAAAGAUAUGUUGAAGAUUUUGAUGAAACUGUUAAUGAACUUGAAUCAAAAAUGAAAAUCUGGAAUGUGCUGUUUUAUGGUGAUGUUCCAUACAUACUUGCAUAUGCUGCUGCAGGUUAUCGGCUUGGAUUUUUUGCCAUCAACAACAAAAAAGAAUUAAUCAAAAUUUCUAAACGGUUUAGGCUUACUGAUCCUAAGGACAGAUUGCAAAUUCUUAAAUACGAAACAGAAAAUAUUGAUUUGAAUGGUAAUUUUAUCAUGACUCCUUUGAUUUCCUUGCUAGCUGAAAAUGCCUUAGGAUUAACUAUCACUGAAGGAAGUGAGAUGGAUCAAGGUUCUGUUAUUGACAAGCUUAUCAAAGAUCCAUUAACAACUUUAAGUGAAAAAGAUGACAAUAUAGAGAUUUCUAUGGCUCGAAAUCUAACAGAUAACUCAACAGCAACAACAAAGAAAUCUUGUCCAGACUUUUCUGUUUGGUUGGAGAGAAAGAUUUUGAUUUUUAAGGGAGAAGAGAAAAGAUAUGUUGAAGAUUUUGAUGAAACUGUUAAUGAACUUGAAUCAAAAAUGAAAAUCUGGAAUGUGCUGUUUUAUGGUGAUGUUCCAUACAUACUUGCAUAUGCUGCUGCAGGUUAUCGGCUUGGAUUUUUUGCCAUCAACAACAAAAAAGAAUUAAUCAAAAUUUCUAAACGGUUUAGGCUUACUGAUCCUAAGGACAGAUUGCAAAUUCUUAAAUGUGUAAUUAAUAUUUAUCGCAUUAUAGCAACUUUAAAAAAGUUUGUUCCAAAGUAUUUCAUUCGCCUGUAUGAAAACAUUUAUCAACCUCAUGAAACAGUUGUACAAAUACAUGAUAGUUUUAUUGUCAAAACAAUUAACAAUUAUUCAACUUUCAUUAAUGGGGAUUUUGAUAUCAUGAAAGCAUUAUAUAAAGAUACAGCUGAUAUUGCAAACCUUAUACAUUCAUGUGACAAGUGUGGGAAACCAGAUCUUCCCACUUUAUUUAGAAAGAAGUACAAGGUGACAUUGGCACCAUUGGGUUAUCGAUUCAAUCCUACAGAAGAAUCAGAACUUAAAACUGCUAUUCAAACUGUUCUUGAAGUUAUUAGAGAUAUGCAUUCUAUUGGAUAUGUACAUCGUGACUUACGAUGGCCAAAUGUUCUUCAACAGGUAGAUGGAAAAUGGUUAGUUAUUGAUUUGGAACAUGGAGGAAGGUUAGAUGUAGCUCCAGGAUUUGGUCCUUUGAGUAAUUGGCCACCUCAAGCAACAGAAAAUAAUGAAUAUAGACAAGAAUAUGAUGUAUACCAAGUGGGAAAGAUGAUGGCAGAUUGUAUAUUUAUGAAAUCAGAUUUGUGUAAAGAUUUGCAGAAAAGGCUUCUUGAAGCACCACAAAUAUCUUUAACAGCUGUUGAAGCUCUCAAAGAUAAAUGUCAAAUUCUAUCAACAGGAUUGAACAUCUACAAAGGCAUAUGA